AUGUCUUCCGUCUGCUUUUCUUUGCGACGAGCGGCGAUGUCAUCGUCCUCGUCUCCCUGUUCUUGUUCGACGAUCGUGAGAGGCGUGACCUCCUCCUGCUCCUCCCUCGCUUCUUCUUCUUCUUCUUCUCACCAAAAAUGGAUAACAACGACGGCUUCGUCGUCGUCCAAAAAAGGAGGGACGAAAGUCGUCUGCGCCGCGGAGAGCAGCAGCAGCGGUGGUGGCAAAAGUAGAUUUAAACGACGCGACCCGGACGCGAAACCUCCCCCGGCGCCGCUCGGGUCCGGACCACCGAUGACCUCGGGAAAAAUCUCCGAGCAAAUCUUGGAAAAAACGAGAGAAGAAAAUCCAGAGGUGGAAGUGAUUCCGUUGCAGCAAACGCGGUUCCAAGGCGUGGCGAACAUCGACGACGAAUCGAGCGAAACGUCGCAAUCGAACGUUUUGAAACGAAGAGCUAUACUUUUCGCCGGCGACGUGGCUGCAUUUUCUGUGUUCGCGACGAUUGGCCGUGCGAGUCACGGGGAAGGUUUGAACCCGAUCGAUAUCGUCGGCACGGCGUCGCCGUUUAUUCUCGGCUGGGCGGCGGCGUCGUAUUUGUUAGGGACCCAAGGCGCGUUCGGCGACAGCAGCCGACGGAGCGGCGUGGAUAAACUCGGAAAAAUCUUACCCUCGGUUGGGAAAACCAUCUUACUCGGCGUCCCAAUUGGCGUGAUUGUCCGUUCUGUGGCGACUUUCCACGUCCCCGAUAUCUCUUUCCUGUUCGUUUCGCUCGGUUUCAACGGCGUCGCUUUGCUCCUGUGGCGCGUCAGUUUAAGUUCGGAUAUUCGCGUCGGAGGAAACAACGGAGACGCGACAAAACCGCGCACCAACAAAAAAGGGAACCCGCUCGAGUUUCUCUCCUUGUUGAGCGGUUUAGUCAAGAGAUGGUAA